AUGCGACAGGGCGAUAUCUUUCGUUCCAGCGUGAUCAAAGAAUCCCGCGAUGCUUAUAUUCGACGACUCAACGGUAUAUAUGAGAACAAUCUCAAUGGAUCAAAGGUGGACCUCAUCCGUGGGUAUGGAACCUUCACUGAUGACGGAAGUAUAGAAGUGAAUGGAGAAAAGUACAGAGGAAAAUACACUCUCAUUGCCGUUGGAGGCUAUCCAACCAUACCGGAUCUUCCCGGUGCUGAACUUGGAACGGAUAGUGAUGGCUUUUUCGAGCUCAAUAAACUGCCGAAGAAAACGGUGGUAGUAGGAGCUGGCUACAUAGCUGUCGAGCUUGCAGGAGUUCUGGGUAAUUUAGGAUCAGAUACUCAUCUUCUCAUACGAUACGAUAAGGUAUUACGUACUUUCGACGAAACGCUCAGUACCUCAUUGACUGAGGCCAUGGACAAAGGCCCUGUAAAUAUUCAUAAAAAUACUCAGGUUAAAAGCGUUGAAAAGCGCUCUGACGGACUUCUGACAAUCAAAACGAAUACUGGAAUUAUUGAUGAAGUAGAGACAUUGAUAUGGGCUGUUGGAAGAACACCGUCUACAGAAAAGUUGAACCUCGAUAAGGUUGGCGUGAAAACUGACGCAAAAGGUCAUGUUAUUGUCGAUAAAUUCCAAACUACCUCUAAUCCUUCAAUAUUAUGCGUUGGUGAUGCCGCCGGAAAAUACCUCCUUACUCCAGUCGCCGAUACAGCUGCCUCGUCGGCCGCUUUCAAUCGCCUUUUCAAUCAACGAGUCUUCGAACUACCCCCAUAUGAGAAUAUCGCUACCGUAGUCUUCAGUCAUCCUUUAAGUUGGCACUGUUGGUCUGACAGAAGCCGAAGCUAUUGA